GCCUCGAAAAGUAUGCGACUCCCCAUUAACUUGAUUUUGAAGUAUCAUUGAAUUGGAUCCCAUUUUAUAAGGGACUCUGGUGCGUCAGCUUCACAGAAUCGUCUCUCAAUUUCUCCAACAACAUUGCCAUUUUCUUGGAUCUGGAAACAUCUGCUUGAAGUUUUUUUUAUAACAAGAUGGAGAAUAAGGAUCAUUACCAACAAAACCCGGAACCAAAAUAUGAGUGCCUUCUAUUUGAUCUGGAUGACACUCUCUAUCCCCCGAGUUCUGGCAUUUCAGCACAAAUUACAAAAAAUAUUCGAGAAUAUAUGUGUGAUAAGCUUGGCAUGGAGGAAAGUACAGUUCCUGAAUUGUGUCUUUCGUUAUACAAGGAUUAUGGGACGACAAUGGCUGGUCUGAAGGCCCAAGGCUACAAGUUUGAGUAUGAUGACUUCCACGGUUUUGUUCAUGGGAGGUUGCCCUACAAUUUGCUCAAGCCUGACCAUGUUCUUAGGGGUCUUUUACUUAGUCUGCCUGUUCGGAAAGUAAUCUUUACAAAUUCGGAUAAAAAUCAUGCGGCUACAGUUCUCAAAAGGCUUGGAAUAGAGGACUGUUUUGAGUCAAUUAUAUGCUUUGAGAAUCUGAAUCCCACCAACCGUCCUAAUGAUUCUGCCGGUGCAGAAGAAACUGAAUUUUUGCAACAACUAAAUACCGAUACUGAAAGUCUAAGGAGCCCAGUUGUCUGCAAACCAUUUGAAAAUGCCUAUGAAGAAGCAUUUAAGAUAGCAAACAUCAAUCCUCACAAAACGUUAUUCUUUGAUGAUAGCAUUCGUAAUUUGCAAACUGCAAAACAAGUGGGUCUGCAAACUGUAUGGGUUGGCAGCUCUCACCGUAUGAAAGAUGUGGAUCAUGCACUGGAGAGCAUCCACAAUAUGAAGGAGGCAUUGCCAGAACUCUGGUCUGAUCAAUCUGAGAAUGUUAGAUACGCGAGAGAGGUUGCCAUUGAGACACCAGUAGAAGCGUAGCUACGCCUGCUUUAUAGACAUCUGAAAGCAUUUCUCCUUGCGUGGAAAUGAAAGUAGCUUGUUUCGGAAGUGGACGAUGCCCUCUGAGUAUCCUAUUUUCAUUUGCUUUGAUAUAGUAGAAAUGUAAUUUGUACUAAUCAUGCUGGAAUAGUUCGACUAUCUAUGGUAAUAAAACUGUUUAGCAGUGUUGACUAUUG